AUGAAUGAGUUUGGUGAUUUGGUAAGAUCAGAAGGAAACAACACUAAACAAUAUGUUCCUCGUGUUAACCUUCAAAUUCCUAGCUCUUGGGACUGGAGGCAAAAAGGUUAUGUGACUGAAGUCAAAAAUCAAGGACAAUGUGGUUCAUGUUGGGCCUUUGCCACAACAGGUGGUGCUCUUGAGGGACAGCAUUACAAAGCAACUGGUAAACUAGUGUCUCUUUCUGAACAACAACUAGUGGAUUGCUCACAUGAAAAUUUUGGCCUGCAAUGGUGGUAUCCUUUUAGAGCAUUACUUAUAUCAAAAGAAAAUGGAGGAAUUGACACGGAAGAGUCAUAUCUUAUAUGGGACAGUGGUGUGUAUUCCGAUAAAAACUGUUCUUCCUCACCACUUUCUCUCAUCAUGCUGUCCUCUUGGUUGGUUGGGUACUUCAGAUGAUGGAGAAGAUACUGGCUAAUAAAGAACAGCUGGAGCACAAAAUGGGGAAUGGAUGGAUACUUCAUGCUGGCUCGUAAUAAAGACAACAUGUGUGGUGUGGCUACUGUACACAGUUAUCCUACAGUUUUAAAAACUAGCAAAUAA